UAUUUAAACAAAGGGAGAAACAGAGCUCAUUCAUGGCGUACGAGCGAGAGAUAUUAAAGAACUUUCUGCACUAUUUCCACUAAGAAUCUCUACAUCUCAUCUUCUUCCAUUGUUUGAGAAUUAACCGGAGUUAUGGACAAUGAAGAAGAACGGCAACGCCGGCGAUCUAACUGGAGCGAGACUGUGGAGGACCUCGUCACUGCCGGAGACACUGAUGCUGCAAUUUCUCUUCUUGAAUCGGUGGUUUCCGACCUCCAAACUUCAGACAACUGUAAUCCAGAUCCUCAAUUGGCUGCCGCUCUCACCGACUUGUCCGGUCUCUACUCUUCUAAAGGUCUCUCUCUCAAAGCCGACGACAUUGCGGCUAAAGCUUUGGUUCUUAAACAACAAGCCCAAGUUUCUUGUCCUACUGGGCACGCGAAGAUGAAAGAGGAUCGAACUUCACCCACAACUAUUUCACUGUCUUCUUGUUAUUCUGUCGAUGAAGCUUCCGUUGGAACUGGUAAUUUGGAUCAUACGAGGGAUAAUCCAGACAAUGCUGUACUCUGUGAUGGGUCUUUGGAUGAUGAUGAUUGGGAAGCUAUUGCAGAUCGCGCACCAAAUGAGUUGCUCCCCUUGCAAAGUGAACCUGACAAACCAGAACUUUCAGUCAAAGAAACAAAAGACCAAACCCCUAGACGACGUGGGAGGGGAACAUUUUCAUAUAAUAAACAUGAAUUAUACAGUGAUAAGCUAUCCGAUUCUUCAACUACUAAUGAUACAAAUGAUGAAGAUGCUUCUCAUAUGUUGGAGGUGGAGCAUAGGGAGCUAAAAAGUGCACAAUAUGGUACUCAACAUGUUCUUGUUCUGGCGGACUUUCCACUGAGUACCAAAACAACAGAUCUUGAAAGACUACUUGGGAAUUUCAUGAAUUCUGGAGUUGUCAUUCGCUGGGUCAAUGAUACAGUCGCACUUGCAGUAUUUCAGACACCAUCAGCUGCACUUGAAGUUCUCAAUCAUGUUAGAUGUCCUUUCACUUUACGUCAACUUGAGGAAAAUGAUAAUCUUUUGAGCUCGAUUCCACCAAGAGAUCUGGAGCCUCCGAAACAGAGGCCAAAGACAUCGGCUAGAACUGCCCAGCGGCUGAUUGCUCAAGGAAUGGGAUUGAAGUUGCCGCUUUCCACUUCCUUCGGGUCAAAAGAACUCAGGAAACAGGAAGAAGACCGGAGGAACCGCAUUGUCUCGAGGCAAAAAUUGAGAGAUGAAGCUUGGGGAGAUGAUGAUCCAAGUUAGUCUCUUUCACUUAUAUUCUUGAACAGAUGGAUAUUGGUUCCCCCCUAUUUGUCUGAAGCAUCAAGACAAACCAACGACAGCCAUUGUUAAAAUGAUCGACCUUCGUUUUCUUUCUUUGUUUGCUCCCAAUGCUUUACUCCACUUUUACUACCCAUCCAUUGUGUGAGUUAGAUUUAGAGAAACAUCAAAAACCUCAUUCUUGUGGCUGCACUAUUCUGUUUUUGGAUUCAUUGAUCUGUUGUACAACUUGAUUACUUGACAUUGUACAGUUUGCUCGUCAAAAAGAAAGAAGAAAAAAGAAGUUGCUGAGGUUGCCAAA